GAAAAAAAAAAGAUCUCCGGAUCCUCUUCAUGAGACGGAGGUUUCGUCUUUGGAUGAUAUUUUGGUCGGAGUAAGUGAAGGACGUUAAUGGUGGAUUCAUAGAAUCUUCGUCGGAGAAAAUGUUGGUGUUGCAGACCCACCACCGUCUCUUCUCCUUCUCCUCCUCUGUUUUCCCUCUUCCCCACAUUCGCCGGAGCCAUCUUCUCCCUCUCCGGCGGACUCCGUCUUCUCUCUCCGUCUCAUCGCCUUCCGCUCUUCCCCGGACCCGACCCGACCCGGUCGGAGAAAUCUCCGAUGCGGCGGAGGAGGAAGACGGUCCGAUAGAGCUCCCACCGCCGUCUUCGUCGCCGUUUUCGUCCUCCAACUCCAUUUUCGCCACCACUGAUAACCCCACUCCUCUCCAGGUCGCCACUAGCGUCCUCCUCACCGGCUCCAUCUCCAUCUUCCUCUUCCGCUCGCUUCGUCGGCGAGCUAAACGGGCUAAAGAGCUGAAAUUCAGGUCUUCUGGGGCGCAGAAAACAGUGAAGGAAGAAGCAAUGGAGAGAUUGAAAACGAUGGGGUCAGCUCCAAUUGAAGCGAAGAAGUCGCCUCCGUCAGCAGCUCAGGCUUUUCUGGGCGCCAUUGCAGCUGGUGUUAUAGCUCUCAUUCUCUACAAGUUUGCUACCACCAUAGAAGCCGCCCUGAAUCGCCAAACUAUCUCCGAUAAUUACUCGGUUAGGCAAAUCACAAUAACCGUAAGGACGAUCAUCAACGGGUUGUGCUAUCUUGCGACAUUUGUUUUCGGGGUGAAUGCGGUCGGACUGUUCCUAUACUCGGGUCAACUCGCUUUCAACUCCAUGGGAGAUGACGGCGAAGCCAUGGAGCCCAAAGAAGAAGGCUCGGCGGAGCCAGAUAACAGUGAGGUCAAUAGCAACAGCCAAGACCAAAAGUAGUCCUGGUGAUUUAUUUAGCUUGUGAAAUCUUGGUAUGUUUACUCAUGGAUUUUGAUUCCACAUUAUUCGUUUUGUAUUGACAAACUUGUCUCUAUUUUCUUGUAGCAAUGAUCGGUUGUAUCUAGGGAUGGCCAAUUUGGUUAAUAAUAAGUAGUCUUUGAACCACA